CAGGUACUGAAGUCUCUGUAGGCGGGGCUUAUCUGUAUAAUUGCAUUUGAUCCUUCAUACCCAUGUGCGUAACAUGGCGGCCUUCGCCCAUGUUCUAUUAGUGAGGCACACCCGAUGCGGCCCUUGAUUGUCAGGUCAGUCACCACACCCUCAGUCACCAACGUGCAUCGUGCAGACGCCGGCACAGCCGCACCUAAUUUCGUGUCUUGCUGUGCCUGCCCUCAUUCGCAGCUCGGUUCGAUCAAGGUGCUGCGUGUUGGCGCUCCUCCUUGGGAGAUAGCCGCUGGUCCCUGACUAGUCGAGAGAGCUAGCGAUAGCUGAGCCAGGGGUUCGCCAGGAACCUCACCACAAUUGUCGUGGCGAAGACGAUUCAAGAUGCCGUUUCCGAAGCCAGUAACCGUUUUCCUGCUGACUAGGACACACUCGUCCGUAGCUUCAGGUGUGAAUGGCACGGGAGUUUCUCAAAAGGGCCCCAGGCACCUUGACGCCACGAGGCCCACGACGACCUCACGGCUAGCCGCCCCUGUCAAACAAAGGAGGCUUUUCGGGAGCAUCUCGUCUGUCCAUCACACUACGACGGUGGCUGCGGCGUUAGCUCGCGUUAAGUUGACGUUGACGUCGGCUCGACGGUCGGUAGCCUUGGUGUUGCCGCACGGCUUGGCCAGGAUCUCGGCGGUUCGAUGCCAUGUGCUGUCCGUUUCGAGGUUCCCUCAAUGGCGCGUGCCGGCACCCGGACGGAUGAAGUAAGAUAGCCGAUUAUAUAGAAGCCUGCGUGGACUGAGAUGGUGUUUCUGGCUGUUCAUCUCCUUCCUUUCUUGUCCCCACAGUCAUUCGUUCACUGUCGUUGCAUCCAUUCGUUCGGCAUCGCUACAUUCAUUCAUUCAUUCAGCGUCG